CAAUUAAUGGCGCGCUUGCAUGUGUUGGGAGUCUUUUAUAAAGCGAUCGAGGCAGCCGGGAAGGGAGGGAGAGGAGCAGAAGAAUAGGAGCGGAAAAUAAAUGGCUGCCAUUUGUGAUUUGGUGGUACCUUGUUUCUGCAUCUUGCUGUCCUUUGUCAUCUUCUACUCUCUUAUUUCCCGGAAAACCAGCAAGCUCCCGCCAGGCCCGGUGGGUUUGCCGGUGGUUGGCUCCCUGUUCCAACUCGGCGUCAAGCCCUAUGAGUCCCUGGCGAGACUCUCCAAGCAGUAUGGACCACUCAUGACCGUCCGUCUCGGGCUGAAGACCACGGUGGUGGUGUCCUCCGCGGGGAUGGCGGAGGAGGUGCUGCUGAAGCACGACCGCGACCUCGCCGGCCGGACUGGCCUGGACGCGACCAACGUGUUCCACUACGCCGAGUCGAGCAUCACGAUGAACCAAAACUGCCCGAGAUGGCGGGAGCUGAGACGCCUCUGCAGCAACGAGAUGUUCUUGCCCAAGAGGCUGGACGCCGUGAGGGGACUCCGGGAGGAGAAGGUGCAGGCACUCCUCAAGCACAUCCAAACGGCAUCAGCGGCCGGGCGUCCGGUGGACAUCGGCAAGUGCACUUUUUCCACUGCUCUGAAUUUGGUGUCGCGUACGGUGUAUUCGGAGGACGUGGUGGAUGUGGAGUCGGAGUCGGCAGGCGAGUUCAAGAGCCUGGUGUGGGGAUUGACACAGAUUGUCCUGAAAGCAAACAUAGCCGACUACUUUCCGAUGCUGAGCUUGGUGGAUCCUCAGGGGAUCAGGCGAAGGAACAAGGCUCUUUUGAAGCAAAUGUUUGCUUUUCUUGACAAAUUGAUCGAUAAACGAUUGCAAUCGUAUGGUGCUAGAGAAGGGUGGAAGAAGGAGAGCGAGGAUUUCUUGGACGUGCUUCUCCGGGUUGUGGCGACCCCAGGCUCGGGGUUCACUAGACAGAACAUCAGGCCCCUACUCUCGGACAUCUUCAUUGCUGGCGCGGAGACAAGCAGCACCACAGUGGAGUGGGCCAUGGCAGAACUACUUCACCACCCGGACAAGAUGGCUGCGGCUCGGUCUGAGCUAAAGCAGGCCAUCGGCAUCGGCGGCGCCGUCCAAGAGUUGGACAUCCCACGGCUGCCUUACUUGAAUGCGGUUGUGAAAGAGACCCUAAGGCUGCACCCGCCUGGUCCUAUUCUCUUACCACGCAGAGCAGAUGUUACUGUACAGGUUGCUGGGUUCACCAUCCCCAAGCACACCGAGGUUCUCAUCAAUGCAUGGGCCAUAAGCCGCGAUGAUGCAUAUUGGGAAAACCCAACAUCCUUCUCGCCGGAAAGAUUUAUUGGUUCCGACGUAGAUUUUAAAGGGAAGCACUACCAAUUCAUCCCUUUUGGAGCAGGAAGGAGGAUGUGCGUCGGCAUAGCUUUGGGGGAAAGGAUGGUUCACUUGAUGCUGGCUUCUCUGCUCCAUGCCUUUACAUGGGAGCUUCCCCAAGGGAUGGCACCAGAGCAACUUGAUAUGGAGGCCAAGGAUGGGGUAACACUGCCGAAAGCCGUGCCUCUUAUUGUAUUCCCUUCUCCCUUAAUGGACAAGUGAAUGGUUCCUAUAUUGUAUUAGAUCAUCCCCGAUGUUCACCAACUUCUAUAUUAUAUGGUAUGUCACAUGGUUUACUGUAUUCCCCUACUUUCAUAUUUGACUUGU